AGACGCUGAGGUACGUCUAUUACGUAUGGAGUUGGUUGAGAGAUUCGUUUACAUUUAGGUGAUUGCGCUCCACACACCCUACGAUCGGUGUUGCUUUAGAGAUGUCUGCACGUGUGUACUCCAGCAUCUUUCAAAGAGCUUCCAGUUACGCACUGACACUUCCUGCUGCCUCAUACCAGUGCUCCCACCUCGUAGCAUUCUCUUGUCAUCCUCUACUUGCCCACCGUUGUCGCCUGUCAUCCUGUAGCGCCUUCAGAUCACACCAUUUACGCAACAGAGAUGAGGAGCUGGGAAAUUGGUCUCAGAUUGGGAGAAACCUUUCAACUCACCAGGAUCUAAACUUUCAACUCAGCUCAGUCCAGAUCAACAGUAUUCUGCGGUCUAAUGAGCAGUCUGUGAGUGUGCCUGAGUUUGAUGGCAGGGGACUCAGUGCUGUUAGAAGGUUUGAGAGCAAUCACUUGGCUGCUAACGCACCGAAUGAGGAUCGUCGCAGUGCAGCCACUUGUUUACAGUCAAAGGGAAUGCUUUUUGGAGUCUUUGAUGGCCAUGGGGGUUGGGCCUGUGCCCAGGCAGUCGGUGAGCGUCUGCUUUACUACAUAGCAGUUGCAAUGAUGAGGAAGCACAGCAUAGAAGAGCUUGAAAAGUGCAUGGAGCAUGGCAGACCCGUGCUUCCCAUUUUACAGUGGUACAAACACCAUUCGGACUUCACCUUUAAUCGUGAGUCUGCUUCACUCUACACUGACCACCUGCGAGUUUUCUGGCAGGACUUACUGGAGUGUGAGGAGCAUGAUGAAGGCAUGAGUCCUCAUGAUGCUUUGGCUUGUGCUUUUAAACGGCUUGAUGCAGACAUCUCCUUGGAGGCUCAAGUCCCUCUUUCCUCUGAUUUGAUGAAAAGCACAGCCAUCCAAGUUGCAUUUGCUGGUUGCACUGCCUGUGUGGCUCACAUUGGCACAGAAGGGAUCCAUGUGGCAAAUGCGGGUGAUUGCCGAGCGGUAUUGGGCGUGCAGCAGGAGGACGGCUCAUGGAGUGCAUUACCUCUGUCCCAGGACCAUAACUCAGAGAACCAGGCUGAGGUUGAGCGAAUCAAAGCCCAGCACCCACCCUCUGAAAGAGGCACCAUCAUCACAGAUGACAGACUGCUCGGGGUUCUGAUGCCCCUGCGUGCUUUUGGAGAUGUAAGAUUCAAAUGGAGCCGUGAACUACAGCAGAGCAUUUUAGGCAACUUGGAUUCUAGAGUCGACCUCGACUUUCUCAGUCUGUACCAGUACACGCCACCGAACUACCUCACCCCACCCUACCUGGAUGCCAACCCUGAGAUAACAUAUCACAAGCUAAGGCCUCAGGACCGUUUUCUGAUUCUUGGCACAGACGGGCUGUGGGAUGAACUAGGUAGUGAAGAAGCUGUACGACUCGUUGGAGAGCACCUUAGUGGGAUUCAUCUACAGGCUCCACUUUCUCUGUCUGAACGGCGGCUGAAAUUGGGUCAGAUCCAUGAACUCCUGUUGAAACGGCGGGCCCGUGCCUCCCCUGCCCUAGACUCCAACGCUGCCACACACCUCAUCAGACAUGGUCUUGGCACAGGGGAGUAUGGAGAACUCUGCCAGGAGAGACUGGCCUCUAUGCUCGCUCUCCCAGAGGACCUGGCUCGGAUGUACAGAGACGAUAUCACAGCUACUGUUGUGUAUCUGAACUCUGACCUGGCCAGGGCUCCUCACAGCUAAAACCUUUAAACAUUCACAUCUGUUUAAGCCAGCUUUUUAAAAUUCCAAUGAUUUUAGACAGAAAAAGUAAGUUCUCUUUGGUGAAUGCAUUUUGUGAAAGCAUAAUUGUUGUAUAAACAUAGUCACACUGAUUUUGAGGGUAUUUGAAUUUUUUUUAGAAGGAUUUUAGUCCUUCAGUCUAUGAUGUAGCUGUUAUAAAUAUUUGAGCUGGAUUUCAGCAGUUGCUUGGAGGAAAUCUAGUUAAAAGAAAAGAAUAAGAGACAUCACUAGUUUGCACUUUUGUUUUUGUUAUUCUUGUUCUUUUUAGACAAUCUGUGACUGUUUCAUCUGUAUCCCAUCCGUAUCCCAUUUCUAAACUGUAAAGAGCACCUUUAAUUUGCUUUUAUUUUUUUGUCAUUGACUUUAUUGUCUGACAUCUUUUGUAAUGGACGUUUGUUUAAGAAGUGUUUGUGUUUUAAUGAAUGAUUCUAGGGAAGUAAUCAGAAGUAAUAAAAUAAACACACAUUGCAAAAUCAUCA